CAGUCGACAAUGACGUCAUUGGGUUGGAAGUGAACGCUGUUUAGAACGCUGAUAGAAGUUUUAUUUCGGAAAAGAAUUUAAUCGCCGUUUUAGAGAAAUAGCGAAUUUCCAUUCGUUAUUUCUGUAUAAAUAAUGGAUUCGGACGAAGAUGUUUUAUACGGCAGCGAUUCCGGUAACGAAUCAACUGGCGAAGAAGAUGACGGUUUAUCAAUCGGUUUGGAACCCGAACCAGCGACAUCAAAAGACAAAAUGGACAUUGAAGAAGAAUUUGUUUACGAAGUUUUAACAACAGAACAAAUCGUGCAACACAUGAUCGAUUGUAUUAGAGAAGUCAAUACCGUAGUACAGAUUCCUCCAACAAUAACCAGGAUACUUUUAAAUCAUUUCAAAUGGGAUAAAGAAAAACUUUAUGAAAGAUACUAUGAUGGUGAUCAAGACAGACUCUUCAGUGAAGCAAGAAUUAUAAAUCCAUGUAAUUCUUCAAAUAGCACACAAAAAAAAACUUUUAGAUCUUACUGUAGAUGUCCUCCUUGUGUAUUACAGAUGAUGGAAGGCUUAGCUUGUGGUCACAGAUUUUGUGUUGAAUGUUGGGAAGAAUAUUUAAGGACAAAAAUUAUGGAAGAAGGAAUGGGCCAAACAAUAUCUUGUGCAGCUCAUGAAUGUAAUAUCCUUGUAGAUGAUGAAACUGUCAUGAAGUUGAUAAGUGAUACUAAAGUUAAAUUGAAAUAUCAGCAUCUAAUCACAAAUAGUUUUGUUGAAUGUAAUCGUUUACUACAAUGGUGUCCACAGCCAGAAUGUAACAAUACAAUAAAAGUGCAAUAUGUUGAUGCACAGCCUGUUACAUGUACCUGUGGACAUACAUUCUGUUUUUCUUGUGGUGAAAAUUGGCAUGAUCCAGUUAGGUGUCAUUUACUGAAAAAAUGGCAAAAAAAGUGUGAUGAUGACAGUGAGACAUCAAACUGGAUUGCAGCUAAUACUAAGGAAUGUCCAAAAUGCAAUGUUACAAUAGAGAAAGAUGGUGGCUGUAAUCAUAUGGUAUGCAAGAAUCAGAAUUGUAAAGCAGAUUUUUGUUGGGUUUGCUUAGGACCUUGGGAACCCCAUGGCUCUUCUUGGUAUAAUUGUAAUCGCUAUGAUGAAGAAGAAGCAAAGGCUGCAAGAGAUGCACAAGAAAGAUCACGUGCUGCUCUUCAAAGAUAUUUAUUCUACUGCAAUCGUUACAUGAAUCACAUGCAAAGUUUAAAGUUUGAGAAUAAAUUAUAUGCUGCUGUAAAAGAAAAGAUGGAAGAAAUGCAACAACAUAAUAUGUCCUGGAUUGAAGUCCAGUUUCUGAAAAAAGCUGUUGACGUCCUAUGCCAGUGUCGUCAGACGUUAAUGUAUACUUAUGUUUUUGCAUAUUAUUUAAGAAGGAAUAACCAGUCAGUUAUAUUUGAAGAUAAUCAACGAGAUUUAGAAAGUGCUACGGAAAAGUUGUCAGAAUACUUGGAGAGAGAUAUAACCCAGGAGAACCUUUUGGAUAUUAAGCAGAAAGUGCAAGAUAAAUAUAGGUAUUGCGAAAGUAGAUGUAAAGUGUUAUUGGGACACGUCCAUGAAGGUUAUGAAAAAGACUGGUGGGAAUAUACCGAAUGAUGUUUUUUUGUUGAACAGUUUUUCUGCCCAUUUUGAUCUAUAAAUUUGUUCACGUGACCAAAUCUGGGAACUUCGAAUUUAAGCGUUUGAAACUUGAAGGAGUAUUGCCAAGAAACUGUGGAGAACCGAGUGAGAAAGAUUAAAAACUAGAAGGAUGUUCAAUAAAGGAUUUAACCAAACAAUUGUGUCAUGUGAUGAAAUGUUAUCAAAAGUUUAGGUGGAGUCGAUUGUCGGUAUUUAAUUUAAUAUCUUCUCCCGUUGCGCUGUCAACCGUGUUUCUACAUACAUUUGUUUCUUUAAUAUCGAGGACUUCCCCCAUCCAUUUUAUAAAAAUAAUUAUACUUGCUUUUUUGAGUUAAGAAAAUAAAAUCAUGAAGAUAUGUACUUUUUGAUAUAAGAGUAAAUGUUUCUUUUAGAAGUUUAGUUCUUAAAAGUUAAAAAAUCAGAUAGUUAAAAUAGUUUUAAGAGAAGAAAAAUGCCACCUUGUGGUUUGGAGAGAGUUUUGUUUUAAAAACCUCUAUUGUUUAUUUUUUAAUUAAAUCCAAUUCAAAUGAUAUAGUCCUAUACAUAAACUAUUAAUGAAGAAAAAAUAUUGAGUAUGAAUUUUAAAAUAGUCAUUUACUAACAUAUAAUGAAUAAAACUUACAAAUUCUUUUAAAAAAAAUCAUUAAAUAAACUUUUUAAGAUUUUUAGUAAGGUAGAAUUUAAUUGAUUUAAUUAAAAGCUUAGCUAAUUGUCUAAUUAUUUGUUUUUGAAUUGUUUACUCUUCACAGAUCCCAAAAUAAAUUUUAAUUGAGACAAAUCAUCAUUUUUGUCAUAUUACUGUGUUGUCAUUAGCUUUAUAUGUACUGUAUUACAAAUGAAAAGAAAAGGAAAAAAAACUGUUAUUAAUUUUUUGGAUGGCUCAAUAGCUCCAAUAACGUGUGUAAUUUUAAAGAUUAUCCACCAGCAUAUUGUUAUAAAAGUUGCAAAAUUUUUGCCAAAAUAAACAGGGAUUCUGCCACAUGGCCUGAAUUCCUCUGCCACUGAAAAAUUGUUUCUGAAUUAUAUAAUAUAUAUAUAUAUCUUUAUUCCCUUUCCUCCUUUUUAAAAAGUUAAUUUUUUAGGUGAAAGUUUUUAAUUCGAAAGAAAACUAGUUUCUUAAUUCCAUAUUAGUGUGAUAAGUUAUAAUUUACAUUCUGCUUAAUUUUAUUAUUAUAUAACCUGUCGAGUGUAUUGAUAAUUUUUGCUUACUCCUCGGAGAAGCCAAGACAAGUAGCAGCUUACAAUGUAUAUUAAUCAGUUGAUCGUAGUUUUACCGUAAUUGUAGAUGGAAAAAAAAAAAAAUGUAUAUUUGGCACAAAUCAAAUAAUUCCUUUUUGGAUAAAUGCAAGUGCUGUAGAGGCAACUUGUCAAUAAAAAUGUUAGGGAAAAUGGCAUGAUUUAUAUGGAGGAUUAAAAAAAAAAACCCAAAUGAUGAUGAUAAUCAUGCAUAUCAAUAUAUAAAAUGUAU